AUUAAUAAGCAAAAACGGCACAGAGAAUAUAAAAAAUUAGCAUAGAGAAAGUGGAAUCACCAAUCUUGUAACGGAACUUUUUGAUAACUAGCUGUGUGAAGACGACAACUGCCACCCAUUCCAACACACAGAGAGGCUAUUAGCAAUUACCUUUCCUUGUUUGUUCCGUCUUAUACUCUCUCUAGUCUCUUCGUGCGAACAUCAUAUAAACCACCUCGGAUUUUGCUUCCUCUGCUGCGUUUUAACGCCCAUCACGCGUUUCUUUGCUUAUACACUAACUAAGAUUUCAAACCCCCCGCGGCCAACUAACUAAGAUCUGGUUUUGUUCUGAUUGAUUCGUGCAUUGGACUGUGAAACGCACGCCAAAAUGUGGUGGAUGAUGAACGAGACUGGAGGCAAUUACUGUUCUAAGAAGAGCGAUGAUUUGUGCAGCAAUGUUUGUGAUCAGGAAUCAAGUCAAGUAUUGGGCAUGUCACGAAUUCGCUGUAUUCUGCGUGGUUUGGAUGUGAAAACCUAUAUAUUCAUGUUUGCUGUUAUCCCAAUGUGCGUCUUUGGAUUCUAUAUACACGGGCAGAAGAUCUCCUACUUUCUGCGACCGCUGUGGGAAAAAGCACCCAAGCCUUUCAAUGUCAUCCCUCAUUACUAUAACGAAAACAUCACCAUGGAGAAUCUCUGCAGACUUCAUGGCUGGGGAGUCCGGGAGUACCCUAGACGUGUUUAUGAUGCCGUGUUGUUUAGCAAUGAGUUGGAAAUACUAACUUUGCGCUGGAGAGAAUUGUACCCUUACAUAACUGAAUUUGUUGUUCUUGAGUCAAAUUCUACCUUCACUGGAUUGCCUAAGCCUCUGGUUUUCAAUAGCAAUAGGGAGAAGUUCAAAUUUGUUGAGCCGCGGUUAACUUAUGGGACCAUUGGUGGGAGAUUUAAGAAAGGAGAAAACCCAUUUGUUGAGGAGGCGUAUCAGCGUGUAGCAUUGGACCAUCUCCUCAAGAUAGCUGGUAUUACUGAUGAUGACUUAUUGAUUAUGUCUGAUGUGGAUGAGAUACCAAGUGCUCACACUAUUAACCUCCUGAGGUGGUGUGAUGAAGUACCCUCAAUCCUUCAUCUGCAGCUGAAAAAUUAUCUCUAUUCAUUUGAAUUUCGCGUGGAUGAUAAGAGCUGGAGGGCUUCAAUUCACAGGUAUCAGACUGGUAAGACGAGGUAUGCACAUUAUCGCCAGUCUGAUGACAUAUUGGCGGAUGCUGGCUGGCAUUGUAGCUUUUGCUUCCGUCGGAUCAGCGAUUUCAUUUUCAAGAUGAAAGCCUACAGCCAUUAUGAUAGAGUCAGGUUCUCUCACUAUUUAAAUCCCGAAAGAAUUCAGAAGGUAAUCUGCAAAGGGACCGAUUUAUUUGACAUGCUGCCGGAGGAGUACACUUUCAGGGAUAUCAUUGGUAAAAUGGGAUCAAUACCCCAUUCCUAUUCUGCAGUUCACCUUCCUGCUUUUCUUCUGGAAAAUUCUGAGAAGUAUAAAUUUCUUUUGCCGGGAAAUUGCAAGAGAGAGAGAUGAUAUUGGGAAGUCAUUUGAGAUACUGGCUUGUUUCUAAGCUUUGUAGCUUGUACAGCUCAAGUGACUCUCCUCUCUCGGAGGUUUUUAACUGAGGUUGUGAUGAUUGUGUUUGUGUGUCACUCGUAUGGCUGUAUCAUUGUCCAGUGAGAUAUUCUUUGGGAAUUCAUUAAUUGCUGAUAAAUUCUUUGAUCUAGGGGGGAGUUCUGUAUAUAAUUUAGAGCUGGACUUUCAUUCAAGGGGAGCAGCAUCUCUAUUGAAGAGGACUGGAAUUAAAGUGCUGUUUUGAGAACUGGCUUGCCUUCAUGAAUUGUGUUUGUUUGGUAUUAGUGUGAUUGAUCCCCGGAUGUAUGAGAGUAGUUUAAAAUUCCCCACUUUUUCCUGUUUGGGAAGUUUUGUUCUGCAGACCAAUUUAUUUUCUUAUUAUUCUUUAUUUAUGCUAAAUAUCUAAUCCGAUUGGUUGGUCUAUAUUCAUAACAA